AACAACUUCCUGGUUUUCGGUUCCUCUGAAUAAAAGCAUAAUUUUUUAAUCAGCAUUAAAUAGUGAGAUACAUGUGCGUUAUGAACUCUUGUGGUCAUUCAUCAUUAGGCAAUUGCAAGAAAAUCAUUCCAUAGCUAUCCAUGUGUCUUUGAGCGCUGCCCUUUUCCUCCUCAACACAAGCUUCUUGUUUAUGGAGUGGGGAGCUACAUGGUCUCAAAACAAUGUGUGUGUCUUAAUAGCAGUGUUAAUACAGUACAGCCUGCUGUCCUGUUUCUCCUGGAUGUCCAUUGAAGCCCUUCACUUGUACUUGCUUCUAAUCAAAGUCUUUAACAGCUACAUCAAGCACUACAUGGUCAAGCUGUCCCUGUUUGGAUGGGGAUUGCCUGCUGUCCUUGUUGGAGGAAGUUUGUGUGUGUAUGGUAUUAAGCCUUUUUAUGGAACCACUCAAAUUCAGUUAUCUGACACAAAUGAAACAAAAAAAUUGUGCUGGAUUACCGACACCCGCUUCCUGUAUGGCAUGAACAUCUCCUACUUUUCCGUAACCUUCCUGUUCAACACAUGCAUUCUGGUGGUAGUGACGCAUCAGAUCUUUAAGCUUCGGUGCUUGAACGUCGGAGGCAAUAAGCUUCCAUCUUGUAGGAACAUUUGCACAGUCCUGGGCCUGACCAUCCUGCUGGGAAUGACAUGGGGUUUGGCUUUCUUCACCACGGGAUACACAAACUACCCCGUUCUUUACCUCUUCUGUAUUUGCAACAGUUUGUCAGGGUUGUUUCUCUUCCUGUGGUUCUACGGUAAAAUGAAGAGGAACUAGCUUCUGGAGGCACAAAUCAUCUGUGCCUAUGCAGACCAGAUCUUCAAUCAAGACCUUUUAAAGCAGUUUUACACACUAACCAGAUAUUACAUGCCAUUUAAUGCUGAUGUGGUCAUCCCUGAUAUACUGAUGGGUAAAAAAAAGACAACCGCUGUGGCACAUUAUAUAACUAAUCACAUGAAUUAAAACCCAAUUCAUCUGCCUUCUCUGUAGCUCAUGAGUUUCAUAAUUAGUCACGCGGUUCACUUUUUUCCAUUGUGUGCCAUUGAGUUCCUUAAUAUAG